AUGUCUCACGAGGAGGAUCUCAUCGAUUACUCUGACGAGGAGCUCGGUACCACCGCGGCGCCCGCCACUACUGCUGCCCCCGCCGCCGCUAAUGGUGAUGCGGAGAAGAAGGGCGAUCUCACCGUGUCUGGCGGCCGUCCCGACAAGAAGGGCAGCUACGUCGGAAUUCAUUCCACCGGUUUCCGCGACUUCUUGCUGAAGAACGAACUUUUGCGCGCCAUCACUGACUGCGGCUUCGAACAUCCAUCGGAGGUCCAACAGCAUUGCAUUCCUACCGCCAUUCUCAAUGUCGAUGUUCUCUGCCAGGCCAAGUCUGGUCUCGGAAAGACCGCGGUCUUCGUUCUGACCACCCUUCACCAAUUGGAGCCAGUUCCGGGCGAGUGCUCCAUCCUCGUCAUGUGCCACACUCGUGAAUUGGCCUACCAGAUCAAGAACGAGUACGCUCGUUUCUCCAAGUACCUCCCUGAUGUCAAGACCGCCGUGUUCUACGGUGGUACCCCCAUUGCCAAGGACAUUGAGCUUCUCUCCAACAAGGAGACCUACCCCAACAUCAUUGUGGCUACCCCCGGUCGUUUGAAUGCCCUUGUUCGCGACAAGCACCUGUCUCUGCGCAAUGUCAAGUCAUUUGUUCUUGACGAGUGUGACAAGAUGCUUGACCAGAUCGACAUGCGCCGUGACGUUCAGGAAAUUUUCCGCGCCACCCCUGCUGACAAGCAGGUCAUGAUGUUCAGUGCUACCCUCUCCCAGGAGAUUCGCCCCAUUUGCAAGAAGUUCAUGCGCAAUCCUCUCGAGGUGUACGUUGACGACGACACUAAGCUCACUCUUCACGGUCUUCAGCAAUACUACAUCAAGUUGAGCGAGAACGAGAAGAACCGUAAGCUCAACGAGCUUCUGGAUAACUUGGAAUUCAACCAGGUCAUUAUUUUCGUCAAGAGCACACUGCGUGCCAAUGAGCUGGACAAGUUGCUCCGCGAGUGCAACUUCCCCAGUAUUGCAGUCCACUCUGGCGUCAGCCAGGAGGAGCGCAUCAAACGCUACAAGGAAUUCAAGGAGUUCAACAAGCGUAUCUGCGUUGCCACCGACGUCUUCGGUCGUGGUAUUGAUAUCGAGCGUAUCAACUUGGCCAUCAACUACGACCUGCCCGCUGAUGCCGACUCCUACCUUCACCGUGUGGGUCGUGCCGGUCGUUUCGGUACCAAGGGUCUGUCUAUCUCCUUCGUCAGCAGCGAGGACGAUGAGAAGGUUCUCAAGGAGAUUGAGAAGCGCUUCGAGGUUGCCCUUCCGUACGUAUCCCCCUUUCUUCUUACCGACGGGCUCCAGCCCAUCCUCGUUUGGCGCCCUCCCAUGUUGGAAGACCAUUUCGUUAACCUUCUUCAAUAUAGUGAAUACCCCGAGGGAGGUGUUGACUCCUCUACCUACAUGGCCUAG